GGCACAAUCUUGAUGCAUCCCUGACACAUCUACCCUUAUGUGUUUACCAUAUGCAAACAUAGACACAAUAUAAUAUAAGCUCCUUUAUCAACCUUGCAUUAUAUCCUGUAUGUAGAUGCCAUUAUCAUCUUCUUCCUAACAAGUACAUAUUCAGCUUUAAUUUCAUUCAAGCUUAGAGAAUAGCAGAGUUUUAGAAUUUCCUAGUUCCUAGCUAGUUAGUAAGCAUUCAAUGGGGAAGACUGGAGGGGGUUCCUGGUUAGGUUUAGUUAAAAAGGCUUUCAGAUCACCUUCCAAGGACACUGAGAAGAGAAGCAGCAGCAGAAGAAGAGAAGAAGAAUCUGAGCAAGAAAAAGAAGAAGAAAAGAAGCGAGGAAAACGACGAUGGAUUUUCCGGAAGCUCCCUGCAGUCCAUGAAACAACAGUCCACCACAUUGAAGUAGAAAGCACUGCUGCUACCACUAGACAGACAAUUUCGGGCAUAAAGAACUCACUAAACAUCAGUUGCCUGUCGUCCGAGGAUGCUGCAGAGGCUAACCAAAGACAGACAAUUGCAGUGGCCAUGGCUGCAGCUGCAACUGCACAAGCGGCUGUCGAGAUCAUUCGGCUAACAAGACCUUCCCUUUUGGUCAAAGAACAGCAGGCUGCUAUUGCCAUUCAGACAGCAUUUAGAGGAUACUUGGCAAGAAAAGCGCUUCGAGCACUGAAGGGAGUUGUGAAGCUGCAGGCCAUAGUAAGAGGACAUAAUGUUCGGAAGAGGGCGAAGAUGACUCUGCAGUGUAUGCAGUCACUGGUAAGAGUGCAAACUCAGGUGUGUGAUCGCCGCAGAAGGUUAUCCUGUGAAGGGAGCUUGAAUUCCAUGUUUAAUGGCGGCCCAAAUAGCACAACUGAGCCUCAUUUCUCACAUAGAAGAUCCACUUCUAGAACUGAUCUCAGAGAAACUGCAUUACAGCGCGAAAGGGUUCUUGCUUAUGCCUUCUCUCAACAGAUGUGGAGCUCAAGUAAGGAGGAAGAGGAUACAAUUAGCAAUGAAGAGGUUGAGGAAUAUGAGAGGUCUUAUGACAGGACAAUUCUGAGGAGAGCUUCUUUUGAUCAACCAAGAGAUCCCAUUAGGACAGUUGAAGUUGACACAGCCCAGUCUUACUCCAACUCUGCUCCUAGUUUUAGGAGACUGCAAAAUCAGCAACAAAAACUGUGUUCCUAUGUUGCACCAGUCCCCUCACCUCUCCACAGAAUGCUGCACCAAAACCACACCAUCCACUCAUCACCCUGCACCCCUCCCUGCAAGAUUAAGCCUAUCUUGGUUCACUCAAUCAGCCCUCAAUGCACAAGAGAAGAGAGGAAGUACCCGACACCCAAAACGCCUAAUUCAUUCUCAAGCUACUUCCACAGGACUCCAACAACAAGUCAGCCAAAUUACAUGGCAUCCACUGCAUCAGCAAAGGCUCGGUCACAAAGUGCCCCAAGGCAGAGGCCUUUGACACCAGACAGAGAAAAGAACCCUUCUGCAAAGAAACGCCUCUCCUUCCCUGUCCCAGACUACACCUGCAACGGUUACUCCUCUGAUCAUACCUUCACCAGCUCUACCCAGAACUUCAAUGCAUAAACACAUCAAGAACUUCAGACUUGGCAUUAACUCAGGGGAGAUUGUAAAGUAGGCAAAAGAGUUGAAUGUUAGUAAAAUUCCAUUUCUGCAUAAUGUAUUUGUACUGUUACUAGAUGAUCAUGUUCAAAUCCAUAUAACUGACCAUAAAGAUUUAGUUAAA